AUGCCGAGAGAAUCUCUGACUAGAAAAAGGAAAACUGCUGUUCUGCAGAACAACGUGGCCGUAGGAAAGAAGGCUAGACGAAGUGAAUCACAGGUAUGGAUGUUUUCAUAACGAUUUUCUACAUUAUUUCAAUGAGGGUCUCCAUUUGUCAGUGAUUUGUUAUAUAACUAGUAAAUUUUGUUUACAGGAUGCUGAGGAGCAGCUACAGUCUCAACCAGGGCGUCCAGCUAAUUACAGAUCCAAAACGGUUAGGAAAGAACAAUGCAAGGCAAUGAGAGAGCAGCGAUGGAGUGAUAAAGUUAGAAAUGAAAUAAGUUUAGGCAAUACAGCCGACAAUGUUCCGGAGGGACCCACCUUGAGAUCAAGUCUGCCGUACACAAAAGCUGUAAACAUGGAUCAGUGUUAUGUGGUUAAUUUGGAAAUGCUAACAACCGCUUUGAGCGAGUGUGUGAAUUGUAAACAAGGACCCCUAGAUUUACGUAAUAGUUUUAAUGUUCGCCCGGAAGGAGUGUGUCCAGUACUAAAAGUUAAAUGCACACAAUGUGAGUUUAUUAACAUCGUACGCCCGGCCGAGCAUCAUCGUACUGGAAAAAGAGGCCCUCCCACCUUCGACGCUAAUUCCCGUGCUGGGCUUGGUGCACUGCAUUGUGGAUUGGGACAUACGCAUACCUCUGGAUUUCUUACAACACUUGGUGUACCAUCAAUUUCCUCAAGCAAUUUCAAAAAGCGGGAAAGAGAAAGUGGAAAAGCAGUAGAAGAAGUGGCUAAAGAUUCUUGUAAUCAGUUUAAUGAGGAAGAAAAGCGGUUGUCCACGACUGGAAAUGAGGAAGUAGUAAAACUCGGAGUGUCGUACGAUAUGGGCUGGAGAAAGCGAGGACGUUGUCACGACUCGUCGUCAGGAGUGGGCACAGCAGUGGGGUUACAUACCGGAAAAGUCAUUAGUUAUGCUACUCGCAAUAAAAUGUGUAGGGUUUGUGACGAAGCGGAGAAAAAGAAUAAAGAAGCAGAAAGCCACGACUGUCGAAAAAAAACCACGAAGGAUCCUCGAAAAGUAUGGAGGCAAACGUAG